AUUGGGCCAACGUUAUGCCUUCUCAGUUUAUACCGAGCUCGCCGUUCAGGUAACACCUAUCGACUGUAGCCGGUCACUUUUCAAGUCUCGUUUCGUUCCGUUCUCAAAUUGUUCACUCGUGGCCACUCGUAUUCGACAAAGGAUUCGGAUAAAGGCGAAUUUUCUUGCAUUUCUGUAACGAACAAAAGUUUGCCAAAAUUGAAAACUUCAGCUAAAUAUAAGACGAUGGCAGAAUCAAAAACGGAGGACAUCCCCGAUAGAAUAGCGGAAACAUUCGAAGGACAGAACAUCCUAAUCACCGGUGGGACUGGUUUCCUUGGGAAGGUCGUUAUCGAAAAAUUACUCAGAUGUGUACAGAAUAUGAAACAAAUUUACAUGUUGAUCAGAACGAAGAAGGAAAAAGAUCCGAAACAUCGUUUGGAGGAAAUCUUCAAUUCACCGCUUUUUGAGAAAGUGAAGAGACAAAGGGGUGCAGAGAUACUUAAAAAAUCAGUAACUGUUGUAAGUGGAGAUGUAUCGUUACCUGGGCUUGGAAUUUCCUCAGAAGAUAGAAAGAUGCUUUGUGAAAAGAUAAAUAUCGUGUACCAUGCAGCUGCCACAGUACGAUUUGAUGAAUUGCUGAAGAAAGCAGUAUUAUUGAACACACGUGGUACAAAGCAAAUGUUGGAAUUAGCCAAGGAGAUGAAACAUCUGAAACUGUUUGCUCAUAUCAGUACAGCAUAUUGUCAUCUUGAAGAAAAGAUUUUAAGAGAGAAACCAUAUCCACCACCUGCAGAUCCUCAUAAAAUAAUCAAAUGUGUUGAAUGGAUGGAUGAUGAUGUAGUUGAAGCUAUGACAGAUAAAAUUUUAGGACACCUUCCCAAUACAUAUGCCUUUACCAAAGCUUUGUCCGAAAGCUUGGUUGAAGAAGCAAUGCCACAUAUUCCAGCAAUUAUAUUAAGACCAAGUAUAGUUAUACCUAUAUGGAAAGAACCAGUGCCAGGAUGGACAGACAAUAUCAACGGUCCGACAGGACUUUUAAUUGGUGCUGGUAAAGGUGUUAUUCGAACAAUGUAUUGUAAUGACAGUAGUUAUGCAGAUUAUCUUCCUGUUGAUAUUGCGGUAAAUGCAAUUCUUGCCAGUUCUUGGAAUUUUAUAUAUUGCAAGGACCAUGAAAAGAGAGUUUAUAAUCUUACAAGUAGCAGUGAAUUUAAGGUAUCAUGGGCAGAGAUUAUUGCCAGAGGUCGAAAAAUAACAGAAAAGGUACCUUUGAAUGGGGUUGUUUGGUACCCAGGUGGCAGUAUGAAAAAAUCAAGACUCAUGCACAAUAUAUGUGUUCUACUCUUUCAUAUGAUACCCGCAUACCUCAUAGAUGGACUUAUUUUUCUUGCAGGCUAUAAACCAAUUAUGUGUCGUGUACAACGCCGAAUACAAAAAGGUUUCGAAGUAUUCGAGUAUUACGCCAACAACCAAUGGGACUUCGACAAUUCGAAUAUAUUCGAGCUAAGGAAUAAACUUAAUCCUGUGGAAUAUAAGAAAUAUCAGCUACACGGGAAAGACAUGGAUAUAGACGCAUAUUUCGAAACAUGUAUACGAGCAGCAAGAAUUUACAUUCUAAAUGAACCACCGGAAACUUUGCCAGCUGCUCGAAGACACUUGAGGAUCAUGUAUUGGGUUGACGUAAUUACGAAGAUACUUUUCUUCGUGUUACUAAUCUAUAUGGUAGCAUCCUGGAGUGAAGGUUUCAAAGCACUGUUAAUGGGGAGUUGGUUAUUUGUUACUCGAACUCUGUCGCACUAAUUACUGACCUCUAGUUUUUAAUACUUUUAGCAAUUUAAAUUUUCUCUACGACCAAAUAAACUAUAAAUUCUC